AUGGCCCGACCCGGCCCAAGGGUCCCUGCUUUUUCCUCCUACAGCACCAUUGACGACGACGGCCCAAAUCCCAACGACCCGUCGAGCCUGACGGGAACGACAUCUGAUACGCGAUCGCGACGGCCGCGACACGCCGAACGAGCCAACACGGAGCCCAUGCGAAGGGCCCAAUCUAUCGACGGCGUCGCCACGCCCCAGAUUCGCGUCUCGAGCGAUGGCCUGCAGGAACAUCUCGCUCGCCAGCAACCGCACAUGUCCGACUCGCCCGCGCACCGCCGAAGUCAAGUCACCAUGACGGGCGAUCCCACCAAGAACGUCGACGUUGCCGUCUCCCACUCGACCACCGACGACGAACCCAAAGCGCCCCUCCCCAGCCAGCGGCCUCACCUGACGAAACGCAUGCAAUGGCUCGACAGGAGAGAUGCCGCCGCGGCCCGGGCUCGCAAGCUCUACCAAAAAGUCGUCAUCGAGGGCAUCUUGCGCCAGAAGCCCCUGCCACCGAGCGCCGAUGGCCGCCACAUCCCCAUCACGCCUGGCAGGAAACGCGCCGAUCUCCUGACCGACGAGCGUGCCCAGAAACCGUACACAGGCAACUUCAUCCGUUCGAGCCGCUACACCGUCUGGGACUUUUUACCGAAGCAGCUGAUCUUCCAGUUCAGCAAGCUCGGCAACGCCUACUUCCUCGUCAUCUCCAUCAUGCAGAUGAUUCCUGGACUGAGCACAACGGGUCGCUGGACGACGAUAGCGCCGUUGAUGGCCUUUGUGUCACUGUCCAUGGCUAAAGAAGGCUACGACGACUACCGGCGAUAUCUGCUCGACAAGGCCGACAACCGCAGCGAGGUUCUCGUGCUCGGCGAGGAUACGAGGGCACUACACCGCGUCAAGAACAAGACGAAGAAGCACAGCGGCGGCAAGGACGGCGGCGACGAGCUGCCCAUGCAUGACAUGGCCGAGUCGCAGGUCGCCCGAGACGGCGACUGGUCCUUGGUGCAGUGGCAGGAUGUCAAGGUUGGCGACAUUGUGCGCCUUCGACGAGACGAGAAUGUGCCGGCCGACAUAGUUCUCCUGCACGCCACGAACCCGCACAGCGUGGCCUACAUCGAGACGAUGGCUCUCGAUGGCGAGACGAACCUCAAGGCGAAGCGCGCGCUCCCCGUGCUGGCCGAGCAGUGUGGCACGUCCCAGGGACUGAAAGCCUGCGAUGCGACGGUCGUGUCUGAAGACCCGAAUAUCGACCUCUACCGCUACGACGGCCGCGUGACCAUGAAGGAAGAAACGAUGCCACUUUCGCUGAACAACGUGGUGUACCGUGGCUCGGUCGUUCGCAACACGACCGAGACGAUCGGUCUCGUCGUGAACACGGGCGAGGAGUGCAAGAUUCGCAUGAACGCCAGCAAGCACGUCCACGCCAAGGCGCCGCGAAUGCAAUCCGUCGCGAACCGCUGCAUCAUCUGGCUGGUCUUUGUGCUUCUCGCCCUCAGUGGCGGCCUGACGGGUGGCUAUUAUAUCUGGCGAGACCCGCAAGAGGACGACUCAUGGUUCCUCGGCGGGAGGACGCUCAGCUUCAAGGAAGUCUUUAUUGCGUACAUCAUCAUGUUCAACACCCUCAUUCCACUGUCGCUGUAUAUUAGUUUGGAGAUCAUCAAGGUGAUCCAGUUUUACCUCAUGGGCGAUGUGGAGAUGUACGACCCCGUCACAAACACACCCAUGGUGGCCAACACAACAACCAUCCUCGAGGACUUGGGCCAGGUCAACUACGUCUUUUCCGACAAGACCGGCACGUUAACGGAGAACGUGAUGCGUUUCCGCAAGAUGAGCGUGGCCGGCACGGCGUGGCUGCACGAUAUGGAUGUCGAGCGGGACGAGGACGCCAAGCAAAAACUGAUCGACAUGGCGCGCAAGAAGCGCAAGGGCAAGGACAAGCAAAAGUCCGAAAAGAGCAAGGCCAUGGAAACGAACCCAGGCUUGACCCAGCCGGGCCGUCCGUCUAUGUCUUCGACAAGGUGGAAGGCGUCGACCGCGCGCGCCGAAGACGACCCUGAACUCAAGACGGAGGAGCUGCUCGACUACCUCCGCCGUAAACCCAACACGCCAUACUCCAAAAAGGCCAAGCAAUUUUUGCUGUGCCUUGCUCUUUGCCACACCUGCAUUCCCGAGGUUGGUAAGGACGGCCAGACUGAGUACCAAUCUGCGUCUCCGGAUGAGCAGGCCCUCGUUGAAGCUGCGCGCGACCUGGGCUACGUCAUGAUCGACCGACCUAACCAGGAGGUCAUUCUCCAGCUCCCUGGCCCCGACGGCAACAUCGUGCGCGAGACGUAUCAGGUCUUGGAUGUCAUUGAUUUCACGAGCAAGCGUAAGCGCAUGUCCAUCAUCAUCCGCAUGCCUGACGGCCGCAUCUGUGUCUUCUGCAAGGGUGCCGACAGCAUCAUUUUGCCGCGGCUGAAGCUGGCCCAUCUGGCCAUGCAGAAAGCCAGUGCCGUCGAGCUCAAGGCGAGCAAGCAUCGGAGCAUGGAGCAGGGCAAGGAGCAGAGGCGGAUCAGCAACAGCACGCCGCGCACGAGCAUGGCCCUAGGCCGGCCCUCCAUGUCCAAGCGGCAUAGUCACCUCCUGGACGGCCACCGCAUGUCGAUCGAGGGCAGCCGGCGGGGUAGUGCCCUGGUCGAAGGCUCGUCGCCGUGGGGCACCAGGAGGGGAUCCUUGGAGGACCAGGACUUCCACACUCCGCUGCAGAGCCCCAUCGGACUCAUGCACUCGCCCCGGCCCAGCACGACCUUUUCGCGCAACGACGACGCGCUUGACGGGCUGGUGGACGAGUCAGCGGCGCUCAACGAGGGCACCAUCUUUGAGCGAUCGUUCCAGCACAUUGACGACUUUGCCAGGGACGGUCUGCGCACGUUGCUGUACGGCUUCCGGUACCUUGACGAAGGCGAGUACACCAAGUGGAGGGCGAUCUACGCCGAGGCAACAACGAGCCUCGACAACCGUCAAGAGAAGAUUGAAGCUGCGGGCGAACUGAUCGAGGAGAAGUUUGAGCUUGCUGGCGUCACUGCCAUCGAGGACAAGCUGCAAGAGGGCGUGCCCGAUACGAUUGACAAGCUGCGGCGGGCCGAGAUCAAGGUCUGGAUGCUGACGGGCGACAAGCGGGAGACAGCCAUCAACAUUGCGCACUCGGCACGGCUGUGCAAGCCAUUCUCCGAGCUUUUCAUCCUCGACGCAACGACAGGCCCGAUCAAUGAAUCCAUUUCGGCCGCGCUUGCCGAGGUCGGUCGUGGCAUGCUGCCGCACACGGUCGUCGUGGUCGACGGCCAGACGCUCAGCACUAUCGACAAUGACGAGGGGCUGUCGUACCUCUUUUACGAUUUGGCCGGCCGCGUCGACUCGGUCAUUUGCUGCCGUGCGUCGCCGGCGCAGAAGGCCAACCUCGUCAAACGCAUCCGCCGGCAGGUUCCCAAGUCGCUGACUCUGGCCAUUGGCGACGGUGCUAAUGACAUUGGCAUGAUCCAAGCCUCCCACGUGGGCAUUGGCAUUUCGGGCCGCGAGGGUCUGCAGGCGGCGCGCAUUUCGGACUACUCAAUCGCGCAGUUCCGGUUCUUGCAGCGGUUGCUCUUCGUCCACGGGCGGUGGAACUACCUCCGCACGGGCAAGUACAUCCUCGCCACGUUCUGGAAGGAGAUUGUCUUCUUCCUGCCGCAGGCGUACUACCAGCGGUUCAACGGCUACACGGGCACCUCUCUGUACGAGAACUGGAGUCUGACCGUGUUCAACACGCUCUUCACGUCGCUGCCCGUCAUCUUCCUGGGCGCCUUUGAGAAGGAUCUCAGCGCCGAGACGCUGCUCAAGUACCCCGAGCUCUACUCGUACGGCCACAGGAGCUCGGCCAUCAACCUGUGGCUGUACCUCGGCUGGACCAUCAUGGGCAUCGCCGAGUCGUUUGUCAUUUACUACAUCACCUGGGGCGUCUAUGACAAGCUGCCCUUUGACCAGGACACGUCUCUGUACGCCAUGGGCACGGUUCCGUUUACGGUGUGCGUCGUGUUUAUCAAUCUCAGGCUUUUGGUGCUCGAGAUGCACACCAAGACGAUCAUCAGUUUCCUCGGCGUAUUCCUGUCGGUCGGCGGCUGGUUCUUGUGGAACCUCAUCCUAUCGGGCAUCUUCGAGGAGAGCCUGCGCAUCUACCAGAUCCGCCGGGCGUUCAUUGACAACUUUGGGCGCACGGCCAACUUUUGGGCCGUCGUGCUCGUGGCGCUCGGGGCCGUGCUCGUGCUUGAGCUGCUUGUGCACGCGAUGCGUCGGGUGUACUUUCCGCACGACGUGGACCUCAUGCAGCGAGUCGAGCGCGAGGAGAAGAAGGCCCUGAAGCGCGGGGUCGCCGUCGCCGACGCGGAGGAGGGCGACGGCGCCGAGGCCUUUGAGGCCAAGGACCACCAGGGCGUGAUGCCGCGUUCGGCAGGCACGUCGCAGCAGCGGCUCGACGUGACGCAGGUCGAGGACGGGGGCGACCCGUUUGAGAAGGGGUUCGGCAAGGUCAAAGGUGUGAAGAAGAAGCAGCAGCAGCAGCAGCAGCAGCAGCAGCAGAAGAAAAAGGCGUCGCGGUGGCUGUCGAAGGACAGCGGCGGAGAGGAGACGUCGAUUGAGAUGAGGGCGACGGGGGCCAGUCGAGCCAACGUGUAA